AUGUUGAAGCCCUUCUCUUUCUCCCCCCCUCUCCCUCUCCCUCUGUAACCUCACUCCAUCCAAAGCCACCAAUCACAGACCCCACAAAUCUCUCUCCUUAAACCCCUCAAAUUGCUAGCAAUGCCAGCUUCCUCAGAGGCGCGGUCGAGAUGGAAGAAGCGGAAGCCCUUGAUUUCUCGAAAACCGAAGCCCCAGCAGGAAGACGAAGGGUUCGAGGACGAGGACGAAGAGGAAGACCUGGACCAGCAGCAGCAGGAAAUCGAUGAGGACCACCUAAACCCUAGCAGCUCCGCGGAUCGGACCGGCUCGGCUAAGGAGAGUGAGCUGCUUGCUGAGGGUGGGGAGAGAAUCUGUGAGUUCCCUCCGGUGAUCAGGCGUGCCGUUAUUGGUCCCCAUUCGUCCGUGCUGAAUAUGGUAGCUCUGGAAAUGGCCGGGCAAAGUGGGGAGAGCAGGGGCCAGGGGCAGACCAGGGUUGUUUUGGAGAACAUUUCGUACGGGCAACUUCAGGCCAUCUCAGCUGUGCCAGCUGAUAGUCCGGCAUUGGGGGUUGAUGAACGAGGAGAAGGCAGUGGGAGUGGAUCAUAUGUGAUCACACCUCCGCAGAUACUGCCAGGUCGGGGUGUGAUUAAGCAGUUUGGAAGUGCUGGCCGUGUUCAUGUUCUGCCAAUGCAUGCAGACUGGUUUUCCCCAAAUACUGUACACAGGUUGGAAAGGCAAGUUGUUCCACAUUUUUUCUCUGGGAAGUCAAGUGAACACACACCAGAAAAAUACAUGGAGUAUAGAAAUCAAAUUGUUGCAAAUUAUAUGGAGAAUCCAGAAAAGUACCUGUCUGUGGCUGAUUGCCAGGGGUUAGUAGAUGGUGUUAGUAUUGAUGAUCUAACUAGAAUUGUUCGGUUUCUUGAUCAUUGGGGAAUCAUCAAUUACUGUGCUAAUCCUCCUAAACUUGAGUUACGUAAGGAUGGGACGUACUUAUAUGAGGACGCAAAUGGUGAACUUUGUGUUCCUUCGGAAGCUUUGAAAUCUAUUGAUAGUUUGAUCCAUUUUGACAAACCUAAAUGUCGGCUCAGGGCAAGAGAUGUUUAUCCAGAGCUUGCAUGUAACAGUGACAAUGAAUCUGACUUUGAUAGUACUAUCCGUGAGCAACUGUCUGAAAACCGAUGCAACUAUUGUUCACGGCCAGUUUCAGUUGUGUACUACCAGUCACAGAAGGAGGUUGAGGUGGUAUUGUGUUUGGAUUGCUUCCAUGAAGGAAAAUUUGUCAUUGGUCACUCUAGCCUGGAUUUUGUCAAGGUCAGCUCUAUGAAAGAUUAUGGAGAUCUAGAUGGAGAAACUUGGACUGACCAGGAAACACUAUUACUUCUGGAGGGAAUGCAACUGUAUAAAGAAAACUGGAUCCAAGUUGCAGAACAUGUUGGUUCUAAGUCAAAAGCACAGUGCAUCCUUCAUUUUGUUCGCCUGCCUCUUGAUGGUGCUCAGCUGGAGAACAUUGAGGUUCCAAGCACAUCUAGUUCCUUAAAUUUUUGCACUAGGGAAGAAUAUGAAAGACCACAUUCAUAUUUAAAUGGGAAUAAUGCAGGAUCAAGUUUACAAGACUUUGAUUCUGAUGACAAGUUUCCUUUUGCACAUUGUGGAAACCCAGUCAUGGCCCUGGUUGCCUUUCUGGCAUCUGCAGUAGGACCAAGAGUUGCUGCAGCAUGUGCCCAUGCAUCUUUGGCAGCUUUAUCCAGCGAUGAUAACGUAACUGUAUCUGGGAAUACAGGCCAGAUUGAUGGAUCGAGACCAAAUAAUGGGGUGACUGUUGGAACAACAUAUGGUAAGGAUGGCAAUUCUUCUGGAGACUUGGCAAAUUCGAGUCAGUGCAAAGGGACUGCACCGCUACCUGCUGAAAAAGUCAAAGUUGCUGCCAAGAUUGGUCUUUCUGCUGCAGCUAUGAAGGCGAAACUUUUUGCUGAUCAUGAAGAACGUGAGAUUCAACGACUAUCCGCUAAUAUCAUAAAUCAUCAGUUAAAGAGAUUGGAGCUAAAGCUGAAGCAGUUUGCUGAAGUUGAGACAUUAUUGAUGAGGGAAUGUGAACAGAUGGAAAGGAGAAGGCAGAGAAUUGCCGGGGAACGCAAUAUGAUGACCUCACAAUUCGGAUCACCUACAGUACCCCGAUCCAUUGGUCUAUCAGGCGUUGGGACAUCGAUGAUCAAUAAUACCAGCGUAAAUAGUCGGCCACCUGUUGUUUCAGGUUCUCAACAACCUUUCAUCUCUGGGUAUGGCAAUAACCAACCGCUCCAUCCCCACAUGCAGUUUAUGCCACAGCAAGGAAUGUAUGGACUUGGGCCACGGUUACCACUUUCAGCUAUACACCCAUCCUCUGCUAGUGCCAAUGCUAUGUUUAACGCUGCGGCAAAUUCCCAACCAUCUCUCGGUCAUCCUAUGCUCAGACCCGCAUCUGGGACUAAACCUGGUUUAGGCUAAAUAUAAGCAAGUGGCUCCACAUUGGCAUUGCUUGGGUUGGUAACAAUUGUUGUAUUGCUUUCUGUAGUAACUUGGCUGAUGAAAAUGAAUGAUACUGUGCACCGCAUAUUCUGGAUCGUUUGGCACUGCUGGAUGAUUGGCGCUCAGUUUGACAUCACGCUAACCUAAUACAUUACAUUGAGCAGCUUUAUGUAGUGGUGUAGUAGUUGCAAGCCAAGGUUCUCUUGUAAUUUAGCACUCUUCCAAUGAGGGCAAUCUGCAAUUAGGAAGCUAGAAUUGCUGUUCUAAUUUUGUACAGGUAAUUUGUACUCAGGGAGAUAGAGGAAGUGAAAGCUACAAAAAAAAUGUUAGUUUUCCUUAUACAUUAUGUGGCAGCUAGAGAAAAUUUUAAACAAAAAUUUGACAUGCAUUUUUCCGAAA